CAGGAGGAAGUUGCGCAGACUUGAGGCAGUUCUGACAUAAAAGCACAGAUUGUGAUUGAAAGUGAUGUUAAAAAGGAUUUAGCCUCCGCAUUAAGUUGGACCAGAGCAUUAACCCAAAGUCCUGGCCAUCUGCCCUUGAAGGUGCGAGUGGGGGGAGGUCAGAAACAGGGAAAGCCUUCAAGGCAAAACACACACAGGCUGCCGCAAGCGUUAGUUUCAGAAUCCGGAUCGCAUCUUGGCUGCAGCUCUUGGUCAUGAUAAAGCCCCCAGUGUGGAGAGGACGGGACAGCGGGAAGAGAUCGGAUACCUCGCCGCAGAGCCCCGGUUGGAUUUAGGAGGAUUUCGAGCGGUCGGUUUGAAGUUGAGGCGAGUGAGUGAGACACAGAGAGAGAGAGAGAGAGAGAGAAAGAGUCGGACAGAGGGAGGGAACUGAGUGCCCGUGGCCGGACAGGAGCCAUGGAGCUGCUGGGAUGGUCCGCUGCCCGGCUCAGGUGCCAGCUGUGCCCAUGCUGAGUGCGGCGCCGUGCCCGCUGCGCCCCCGCCAGCCGCCCGCCCCGGGGCUGUGUGUGUGUGCGCUCCGCCCGGGGCACCAUGCGCUCCGGCCCAAUGCUGCAACUCGCCGCCCUAGUCUACUCGUUGCUGCCGGCCCGGAGCCAGUACGACAGCUGCAAGUCGCUGGUGAACACCGAUGAGGCCGGCCCUUCCUGGGAGUUUUACGCCUGUCAACCCCGAGCCAUGGCCAUGAAGCGGUACCUGAGGGUGAAGGUGGAGCCUCCAGGGGUGACCUGCGGAAACCCUCCGGAGCGGUUCUGUGCGCUGGGCAAUCCCUACAUGUGCUUUAGUGAAUGUGAUGCUUCGAACCCAGACCUGGCUCACCCACCCAAACUAAUGUUUGAUCAGGAGAAUAAUGGACCUGUAACUUAUUGGCAAAGUGUCACUUGGAGCAAGUACCCUGAACCUCUCCUGGCCAACAUCACGCUCUCCUGGAAUAAGAGCAUACAACUCACUGAGAAUAUAGUUAUUACUUUUGAGGCAGGUCGACCCACUACCAUGAUAUUGGAGAAGUCCCUAAACUAUGGAAGGACAUGGCAGCCUUACCAGUACUAUGCAGAGGAUUGCAUGGAGGCUUUCAGAAUGGAGGCGAAAAAUGUCCGUGAUCUCUCACCCGUCACUGCCCUACAGAUUAUCUGCACAGAAGACUACUCCAAGUGGGUGGGCUUUGAAAAUGAGAAGAAUUUGCACUUUGAGGUCAAGGAACGCUUUGCCAUUUUUGCAGGCCCACUCCUCCGGAACAUGGAGGCUCUGUACAAGAGGAUGGACAUUAACAAGGGGCUAAGAGACUUCUUCACUUUAACAGACCUUCGAAUUAGGCUGAUCAAACCUGCAACUGGAGGGACAUUCGUUCAGAGGAAAUAUCUAAAUAAAUACUUCUAUGCUAUUUCAAAUGUUGAAAUCGUGGGCAGGUGUAAGUGCAACAUGCAUGCAAACAGCUGUUAUUUCAAAGAUGGGAAUCUGAUGUGCGAGUGUGAGCACAACACAACAGGUCAAGACUGUGGAAAGUGCAGGAAGAAUUAUAAAGCCAAGUCAUGGCGACCAGGCAGCUACAGCCCCUACCCGAUGGGAACAGCCAACAGCUGUGUGGCUGCCAGCUCUGCUUAUGGUAUCGUCCAGAAAUCACGAGCAGUGUUUCCACACUUGGCAGCUGCCUCACAGAAGCCACAGAAAGUACCAGCUUUAGUAAAAGGAGAAACCAAUCUACGUCUUGAAAAAGAAGUUAAGAACAAAGGCCCUAUACCAACUGCUGAGCGAAAAGUUAAGAAAGGAGGACCCACCUCAAUGCAAGGACAAGGAAUCAAGAAAGAUUCUGCCCUGCCUCAAGCCGUUGCUGACAAUAUGAAUGCCUUGUACGAGCUCUGGUUCUCUCAUAAUGAGCAGCGAUUUACCUCAGCACCAGAGAAAAGACCAAAACCACCUCAAACACAGCCCAGGUUUAAACCAAGAGAACAGGGGAAUAUUGAAGACUGUGAAUGCUAUGGGCACUCCAAUCGCUGCAGUUACAUUGACUAUCUCAAGAUUGUGACUUGUGUCAGUUGUAAGCACAAUACUCGAGGCCAGCACUGCCAACACUGCAGAUUGGGCUACUACCGCAAUGCCUCAGCAGAACUCGACGAUGAGAACGUCUGUAUUGAAUGUAACUGCAACCAUCUCGGAUCAAGACAUGACCGCUGCAAUGAGACGGGGCACUGUGAGUGUAAACCAGGAGCCACAGGCCUCAAGUGUGAGGAUUGUAAACCAGGAUAUUACUGGAGACUAGGCUGUUUCCCAAACGUUUGUGACAACGAGCUUCUGUUGUGUCAGAACGGCGGGACCUGUCACCAGAAGCAGCGCUGUAUCUGCCCCAAAGGCUUCACCGGUAUCCUGUGUGAAGGGGGCAGUUGCGACCCUGAAGGCGGCAACUGCAACGCGUCCUGCACCUCACUCCUGAGCCAUUGGGCAGCCCUGCUCUCCGCCCUAACAUUGCUUCUGCUGCUGGCCUCUCCCUGUGAAUAAUCGGCGGGCAACUGGGCAAAUCUACACCCGGGAGCUGCAGCAGCGUCCGAAGGGGCUUUCAGGAGCCGGAAGCUCUUGGCGAUGACACGGUGCCGCCGGCGUGGCGUGAACCAAUGGAAGUGUCGCUUUGUAGGUUCCAUGUAUCUAACAAAAUGAGGUGAUGAUGACAGACUGUAUAAGUUGACACGUGUUGUACCGUAUCCCACAGUGAACGUUGCUCAUAAUCAGUUUAGGGAGGGGGGGGAGAGACAUUUAAGGAAGUAAUUCCAUCACUAAAGCCAACGGAACAUUUAGGAACUAUCGUGGCGAGUAACUGCAAAUUGAACUGUUCGCAUUUUGCUACAUAAUCCAAUGUCAUCUGUUGCCUAGAUGUAUUGAUGCCUCAAACUCUAGUGGCUGCUUUUUAUUUCUGCGAAAUACCAGCUUGAUGGGAGAGAAAAUGGUUCAGUUUGUGGUAAGGUAGUUUCCAGAGGGUGGUAUAUAACAUGACAAACAGUAUUAUUCUACCAGAUUCGAUACCUUUUAUUUUGUAGAAAUGGUUAUUUUUGCUCUACAUACAUGUAAACAUAUUAUGGGCAUUUUAUUAUACACUGACAGCACACAGUAAAAAGACUGGUUACAUCAUUA